AUGCCGAGGACGCCGGCGUGGGUGAUCAGCCGGGCGUUCAUCCGGCUGCGGCAGAGCAGCGGGGGUGGAGGACGCCUCCCAGAACAAACAAAAAGUGGCCCCACCGAGGUAGCGGGGCGGCUGAUGAGGAGAGAUGAGGGGAGUGAGCUCCUGCGGGAAGCAGAUCAGCCGCCGCACCCAGCUGCAGCGAGUGCAAGGGGCGGAGCCAGAGCGGGCUCCAAGAAAGCCGGCAGCUCAACCGGCAGCCGUGCUGGCAGUGUAACCGGCUCCGACGCUGUCGGCAGAACCGGUGAAGGAGCCGGCUGCGUUAUAGGUGACAGAGCCGGUGGAGGAGCCGGCGGCAUCGGGACCAGCAGAGCCGGGGGUGAAAUUGACGACGCUGCAAGAAGCAGAGCUGGUGGAGGAACCGGCAGAGUUGGGAGCAGCGGAGCCAGGGAAGAAAUUGACUAUGCUGCAGGCAGCAGAGGCGGUGGAGGCGCCGGCAGCGUCUGGAGCAGCAGAGCCAGGGAGGGAACUGGCUGCAUUGCAGGCAGCGGAGCCAGAGAGAGAACCGGUGGCAUCCUGAGCAGCAGAGCCGGUGGAAGAGCCGGCUGCGCCGUGGGCAGAAGGGCCAGCGAGGGAGCUGGCUGCAUUUCAAGCAGCAGAGCUGGUAAAGGAACCGGCUGCUUCAUAAGCCACAGAGCCAGUGAAGAAACCAGCAGCCGGGUUAAAGAAGGAGCCGAGGCAGAAGGUCUGGGCUGGCAACCCCAGCAGAUGGCCCAUUGA